CACAUCCAUCUUACAUGAUAAUCGCCUUGGGCAUAUAGACUAGCGUUUGCUGCUUACAACAUUGCCAAACUCGCGCGCAGGGCCCGGCUCUUGUGCAAUCGGUUUCAUUACCUACUUGGUCGCAAAUCUGCGCAGCGCAGUCUAAAAUCUGCUCAGUAAAAGCGCCGAUCGGCCAUUGGUGCGACAAAGCAUCGAGAAGCACGCGGCUGGGCCCUAAAUGGCUUCGUGGCCGGCGCCUGCGGAUGCCCGGGGAGGCCUAGCCCCGCUGCCCUGGGCCGGCCGGGACCGGAUACUGCCGCGGCCCAGCCUCGCCCCCGUCCCUCCGAACCAGCGCUGGGGGCGGAGUCGGAAGCAGUCCGUCCGCAAGGCCAAGUACGCGGCCGCUAUGGCGGGGGGUUUCCUAGCUCUGGGGCUUGCUAAACGUAUCAUCAACUCGCUUCCCGUCGUGAACCUCGUGACUCGCCCCGUACUGGACCUGUUCCCCACCAUCCUGUUCGGGCCGGCCCUGGGUGCUGCGGCACUGUACGGUUAUGAGAAGGGCGACCCGCUGGCGGCCCGGGAGGUGGUGCAGGAGAAGGCGCUGGCGCUGCGGCGAGAGUUUGACACGGUGGCACGUGACGUGUCGGCGGAGCUCGCGGUGCAAAAGAAGGCGCUGAGCCGGCAACUGGAGCGGCACCAGGAUGUGAUCGACAGCACGGCGCGGGUGGCGAUGCGCAGUGUGCAGGAGAUGGAGCAGACCGUGGUGCCUGCGCUGGAGCGGGGGUACAGGAACAUCGAGACGCACGCGCAGCGGACGCUGAAUGACAUCCGGGACAGCCGCGACGGCAAAUAGUGCGUGGGCACUCGGCACGUCACGGCUGCGAGUUAGGGUGUGGGGCCGUGUGUGCGCUGUGUCUGCGAGUGUUGGUUAUGACUGAUCAGGUUGUGCAAGAGUGGUCGAGUGGAGUUGUGUUGGUAAUUGUUGGAAGCUCGCGAAGGCGGCGGAGGCUGCAGGGCUGCAGGGAAUGUGAGUGCGGGAUAGUGGCUAAGAGACACUUGAAGAGGUGAAGAGUACACUUGUUUGGGGGUUAGCACCGUGGGUUAGCACCGCGCGGGUUGGAAUGCUGGCCUUGAUACAGAGCCGCGGUCCUCGCCCGUAUUUUAUUGGAUACGAUAACUGCGUGUCUGCGUCGAAUGUCUGUAUGUGCUUACGUACCUUUCAUCCUUUGCUGCCCUGAACACACGGCUACCAUAUACGGUAAAUCUGUCAUGAGGCGAUUGACGGUGGCCCGUACCUUAGCCACGGCCGAUAUGGCGUCUGCCCCAGUCUGCCCCAUGUGGCCCCGGCCCCAACUACCGUGUAC